AUGGCUUCUGCUGAACCAGACUCCAAACCUCCCUUCUCUCUGGAGUCCUACCAUGUCUCUGAAGAACUUGGCUUCAUCCUUCAGGAUCCUCUGGUGGAGCUUCCACCUUACUACCAGCCAUGGAUGGAUAUUGCCCUGCGAGUCCCAGAGCUUGUGCACUCUCACGAGUUGCGCUUCCAUAUCAACAAGAUGCCGCGGCUGAGCAGCCAGUUUCUGCAGAAACACCGGGAGUUACGCUUGGCCCACCUGGCCCUCAGUGUGAUGACCAUGGGCUACAACUGGCAGGAGGGAGAGAACAACACAGUGCAGAUGCUACCACGUAACCUGGCGGUCCCAUACUGGGAGGUGUCACAGCGUUUAGGACUUCCCCCAAUUCUCACCCAUGCAGAUGCAGUACUGGCUAACUGGAGGAAGAAGGAUCCAGAGGGUCCUUUCGACAUGGAGAACCUGGAACUGUUGUUCAGCCUCCCAGGUGGAGACAGCACCCAAGGUUUCUUUUUGGUCACUCUGCUUGUGGAGCUGGCAGCAGUCCCUGCAUUGAAGAACAUUCCCACUGUGAUCAAUGGUGUCAGGUGUGGAGACACUGAGACUGUGGCCAGAGCCCUGGAGGACAUCAGCCAGUCUAUACAGGACAUGACAGACAAACUCAAACUGAUGCAUGUUUACGUGGAGCCUUCGGUAUUCUAUGGCAUUAUGAGGAUCUACUUGUCUGGGUGGAAAGACAACCCUUGUAUGCCAAAGGGGCUGGUUUAUGAAGGGGUCCAGGCUGAGCCCAUGGAGUAUUCAGGUGGGAGUGCUGCGCAGAGCAGCUUGCUGCAAUGCUUUGAUGAACUUCUGGGAGUCCAACAUGAAGCGACAAGUGGUGCCUUUCUAUCCCGCAUGAGGAACUACAUGCCACCUGCCCACAAGCUGCUGAUCCAGGACAUCUCGUUGCAACCCUCCCUGAAGAGUUUUGUCCAGCAGCAGGCCAGCGAGAGGCUAAACCAGGCCUUACAGCACUGUGUCACAAAACUGUUGGCUUUGCGCAACUACCACAUCAACGUUGUCAGCUGCUUCAUCACUGUACCUGCUGCCCGCGCCCGACAACUGAGACAACCAAGAACACUGAGAAACCAUAGCCAGGUGUUAGAGGGGGAGAUGAUCAGCAGAGCACCCAUCGCAUUAGAGGAGAGGGGCACUGGUGGCUCUAGCAUCAUGACCUUCCUUAAGACUGUGAGAGACCAAACAAAAGACACUUUGCUGCCUGAGACAAGCAAAUAAAUGAAGCGCAUGUGAGCCGUCAUCACUGAGGGUACAGAGGAGAGUGUCAACUGCAUCACAUAAAACAGGCCAUAAAUCACCUCUGAUUACUUACAGUAAAACAAUUUAAUAUGUCAUUUAAAGGUUGCCUUGUGGCAGAAUGAGAGUGUGAGGCCUUGGUCGCUCUUCUUACAUGUAGGUUUGUUCUAUCUGUGAACAAACCUCAGACAGGAAUAGACAGGAGUGAUACCCAUUUAGUCCAAACCACAAUUCAAACCAUUGCUGUUACUUUACAUUACAUUCAACCACUAAUUUCUCCUUUAAUCUGAACUGGAAUGCAAAACAAUGCAUCAGACAUUUGCCCCAUACCAUUGUAUUUACAGGACAUUUGGACAUUCGACAUUUUGACAUUUUGAAAUUCAGUUCAAAUGCUGUUUAAAAUAAGGUUUGUCUUCUGUUACUUGAACAUGUAGCAGCAUUUAGCUUUUCUGUUUAAUGACCCCCUUAAGGUUUCUGGUACUGGUUUAAAAGUUAUAAUGGUAAUUGAGAGAAGCUUUUAAAAAAUGAUAAUGUUGAACACAUUAGUACUGCAAUACCAUGUGAAACCUUGGCAGGGCACUAAAGUUCAGGAUUGUAAUUCCACAAAAGAAUAUUUCACAGGUUCUUCCUUCAAAAAAAUUUAAUAGUUGGCAACACCUGAGUGCACCAAAGGAACGCAGGCCACUGAUUUAGCCACAAACAAAAUGGACCUGAUUAAAUAAUAUAAUAUUUUAGUAUAGCACAGUAAUAGUAUUCAUCAUUAAUAAUAGUCAUUUGAAGAGAUGUGAAAUCCACACCAGCUUGAAACAAUAAAGUAUCGACAGGCUGGAACCUGAACUGAAAAUAAUCCCUCUUUGUUGCCUCUUUACUCGACAGCGUGUCCUCACAAUGGGGUUGUCAUUGUCAAAGCACAAUGCACAAUGCAGUGCAGAGAUACAUCACUUAUCAGAGUGGUUACCUCAGCACUCCUGCCGCCCUCCUCCAGCCCACAUCCAGCCCUCACAUGCCCUUCUAUACUUCCUGGGCGGAGAGUGUGGAAAGCCCAGAGCAAUGAAGGGAUGGAUUGUGCCAUGAAUGGCUAACGCUGUGUAAU